AUGUUCCGUCUCUUGUUCCUCCUUGGGGUAGCUGUGGUGCUCCGGAUUGAGUACCUACUGGCAGCGGCCAUAGUGAGGGCAAAAGCACGUGAUUGGUCAGAGAAUAAGGUGCGUAUAUUCACUGCACGUGUGAUUUCACUGACUCAUGCUACACUUUCAUCGAUAGGAUGUUUAUGCAGCCUUUUAUCUGAUUCAAACUAUGUAAAAGAACCGUACGAUUAUGCAACAUACUCGGCACAAUACAUAUUUCUUUUUUCAAUGGGCUAUUUCAUCUACGAUAUGACGGAUAUGUAUAUUCACGGUGAAGCACCCUACUCAAAGGAAUACUUUGUUCAUCAUUCACUAGUAGUGACGGCAUUUUCGAUUAUUCUGUACACGGGCAAAUUGUUUGGAUUCGCAAUGAUUGGUCUUCUUGUGGAGGUGCAGACGAUUUUCCUACAUUUGCGCACAAUGGUGCGUCUGACCGGCUAUGCUAAAAAGCGCUCACCCAUCUACAAUGCUCUUAUUUACGCAAACAUGGGCUGCUUAUUUGUGUUCAGACACCUAACAAUUACUUACCUUCUUUAUGUGAUGCUUUACAAAGAUGAGAAAUGUCCACUUACUUUACGAGCAUUCCUCGUCAGUGGUCUCCUGUUCCUUACCUAUCACAACACACACUUGACGGUUUCAAUGGUGAAAUCGGAUGGAUUCUUUGGCUAUGAAAUGCAAGCCCUUGACGAGGAUCACGUCGACCCACUUGGACCAGUGAAAGUAAAAAAAUCGUAA